AUUAUUUAUCAAGAGUGCAAGGAUUUUUGGAGAGCACUAGCGGCAGAUUCACUUAUUAGCACUGGGAAUAGAAUUCGAUCAUUUUGUCCUUCGAAGGCUUCCGUCGGUUGCGUAGCCAACGACAGCAAAACACAAGUGCUGCAUUUUCGGGAGGCUUUUCCUAAAAUAAAGGUUCCUUCCGAGCAUGUCGAAUCGUGGGCGUCUACAGCUGCUCCAAAGCGAUGAAUACGAUCGGCAACUUCUGUUCCAGUAACGGGAUACAUGAUCUUAUUUAAACAACAAAUGGCAGUCACCGUUGAAUGAAACUUUUAAAUAAUGAACGAGUUUUGUCGCUUGGAAGCCAUGUAGCGGCGAGGUUUGCCUGCUACGGCGGAUAGCUCAUUUGCCGAGUUUGCUUAUGCACCAUCAACCACCGCAGCACUGAGACUCACCCGCUGGGUGUUUUAUUCGCUGGAUUUAUUAUGGAGUUGUGGUUGGGCAGCAGUGCGCACGUGCAGCAUGGGUAUGGUUUUAAUUUAUCUUUUUUUAGUUUCAAUGCAUAUAGCAGCUUGAUCCUAAAUAAACAUGACUUAGAGUUGCAUGGCUUGCAAGACACCAAGGAAACAGGCGAGAGCGGAGGGUCCUUCUGACCGGUAUACCGACUGUGUACAGGAUCGCUAAGAAAGUAUUCUCAGUUUCAGGGACGUGUGGAAAUGUUUCGGGACGUGCCAUGUAUGGAAAGUGCAGUCCGUAUAGCUGCAUAUAAAAGUAGUCUGUUAUGCUUUGAUAAUGCCUAUCAGACAGCUUUAUCGCUGCUUUAAAUAAGACAGAUCUGCGUUAAAGUCGGUCUGUCGCACUGUAUCCAGUGGGACACUUGACAGCUGACCCGAUCGCCCUUCUCUGGGUCUGCGUGAUGAGUGAUCACUACGUGCAAGUCAAGGAAGAGCUGGAGCAAAAGAAAUCGCCGGGGGAAGGGGGCGAGAAGGAUGCAGUAGCCGAGGAGGAGACCGUCCCGAUCCCCCUGGCUGCCUCCGUCUCCCCGGCCACUGCAUCCCUCAGAGGGCGGGGUGAUGUUGCCAAGACUUCCGUUACCGGCCGUCAGAGGAGUAAAAGCAGGAGCACACAGGGGGCUCCUGAUAGAAACAUCGGCAACAAACGGGACUCAGACGGCGGGCAUGCAGCGGAAAUCGCCAGGGAGAAGAUGCCUGGAACCCUGCUUCAGGUCAAGGGGACUGGGAAGGCGCUGCAGGGCAGGGCGGAGACUAACGGCGUGGCGGCGCCCGGCCACCAGGAGGGCGAUCGCGGCAAGGAGGACGGAAACAAAGUGGCUAGGAAGAGGAGAGCGGUGACGGUGGACACCUCCAAAGCCAAAACGUCCCUGGAGGCGCUCAAAGUCAGCAUCAGGCAGCUCAAAUGGAAAGAGUUCCCUCUCGGUCGCCGUGUGGCCUGCGAUAUUUACUGGCACGGUGUGUCCUUCCAUGACAACGAGAACAUAAUCUCAGGCCAAGUCAACAAGUUCCCUGGUAUGAUCGAGAUGCUGCGAAAGAUCAACCUGAGUCGAGCCGUUCGCACCAUGCAGGAGCUCUUCCCCGAGGAGUACAGCUUCUACCCCCGCUCCUGGAUCCUCCCGGAGGAGUUCCCGCUAUUCACCACCCAGAUCCGCUUGGCCAAAGACAGCGACUCCGCCUUAAAUCCCACGUUCAUCGUCAAGCCAGACGGCGGCUCCCAGGGAGAUGGGAUCUACCUCAUUCGGGAUCCCAGGGAUUUGCGGAUCACAGCCAGCCCGCAUGGCAAACACGUGAUCGUGCAGGAGUACAUCCAGAAACCGCUACUGAUCGACAAGCUCAAGUUCGACAUCCGCCUUUACGUCCUGCUCAGGUCCUUGGAGCCCCUGGAGAUCUACAUUGCCAAGGAGGGCUUGUCUCGCUUCUGCACAGAGCCAUACCAGGAGCCCAACCAGAAGAACCUCAACCACGUGUUCAUGCACCUGACAAACUACUCCCUCAAUGUGCACAGUGGCAACUUCAUCCACUCUCACAGCAACAGUACCGGCAGCAAACGUACCUUCUCUAGCAUACUGUACCGCCUGGCUUCCAAGGGCGUGGACAUCAAGAAGGUUUGGUCAGACAUCAUAUCCCUGGUCAUUAAGACUGUCAUCGCACUGGUGCCUGAGCUCAAGGUCUACUACCAGGCAGACAUUCCACCUGGAAAACCUGGACCUACCUGUUUUCAGAUCCUAGGUUUUGACAUCCUGCUGAUGAAGAACUUGAAGCCUGUCUUACUGGAGGUCAACGCCAACCCAAGUAUGAGAAUCGAGCACGAGCAGGAAGUCUCUCCGGGUGUGUUUGAGUACGUGCCUAGUCCAGUGGACGAGGAAGUGAAGGUGGGGGUUAUCCGGGACACUCUGCGGCUGGUAGACCCUGCGCAGAAGAAGACCUCUCACUUGCCAUCUCUCCUGCCAGGCGAAGGUGGUGGCGAGCUGCAGAAGGACGUCCCUGAGGCAGAAUCGCCCAAGCGGCCGGGAGUGGAGAGUGGCCUGCCGUCGCUCUGCCUGAAGCAGGUCUUCCCCAAGUACACCAAGCAGUUCAACUACCUGCGCUUGGUGGAACGUAUGGCUGCUCUCUUUGUGCGCUUCCUGGGCGUCAAGGGGACCAUGCGCCUGGGUCCAACCGGCUUCCGCACCUUCAUUAGAAACUGCAAGCUCACUAACAGCAGUCUGUCCAUGGCGGCCAUCGACAUCCUGUACAUCGACAUCACCAGGCGCUGGGGGGGCACAGUGUCCGAGUCGAGGGAAGCAGGGAUGAGCCUGCCGGCCUUCGCCGAGGCCUUUUUCUACUUGGCACAACGUCGCUUCAAGGCACAGCCGCUGCGGGAACAGGUGCAGGCCCUGCUGGAACUGUGUGAGGCACAACUCAAGGGCAAGACGUCCAGAGAGCGGAGAGCGCCGCCCUACGCCCCGCCGCCCCCGGGACCUCCCACCGCCAUCCACAGAGCCCCCGACUCCCAGACCACCCAGGCCCUGCAGCCUGCCCUGAGCACCACUGUGGAGACCUGAGCAGCGCCAGCUCGCUCCCCAGGAGUCUGCCCUGGUACAUCAUCGUACAUCGCUGCUUUUCAGAGAGCCGUGGUGUCACCAAGGACUCAGACUCUCCUUUUUAAAUAUAACCCCUUAGCAUGGCCAGUCCAUAGGUUCUCGGGGCAGCAAACCUUUCCUGCCAAUGUGCCAGCGAGUACACAGAGGACAGUAAGGCCUUCAUCCUUCCUUCUUAUUUGAAGAAAUGAUUUUUUUUGCAGGUUUUAUCUCUUGCCUCCUGUAGAACCAGCCUAGCCACUUUCCGAAUGGGACAUAUAAAAAAUAAACAAUAUUUUGCAUUAACUUAUUGAUUUUUUAUUUUUUUUUACGUACAGAAUUUUCUUCCUGUUGCAAUAGCGGGCUGUCUUUUCUUCAGGGAAAUCUCGGAAGCUUUAAUUACACAGCUGACUGAAUCGGCGGUCAGUUCGGCUGAAAUUCCACUUGCACGGAUGUACUGCGUUUCAGGAUAGCCUCGAAACCAAUAACAGUGGAGAGGGUCCCCUGAAAGAGCACCCCUUCAGCUGCUGUGCCGCACUCAGAGGGGUUUUUGAAGUUUUGUGCUCUGUGUCAGAGUACCGAUUGUGGUCUAAAUGCUUUGGAUAAUGAAGACCUGAAGGAAAACUAAUGAUUGAUAAAAUAAGGCAGCCUAAAACUAUUCAUGUAAAAACGGAGGUAGGAAGUAGGAACUGAACAGAGUUUGUUUUUAACCUUUUUUAAUUUAUUUUGAGAGGAAUGUUUUGUUGUCCACCUUACUGCAUAUUUAAAUAUAUAACAUAUUUAUCAGUGUAAUAAUGUUUUGCACUAUGAUGACAUAAUGGCUCAAAGGAGAUUGACUUACUGAACGCAAACAAAUGUUUGUUCCUUUCCAGCAUGUAAUCUUGCUGGUCAUGACCAUAUGUAGUGGCAUUUGCACACAAACUAACAAAAUGUACUUCUCUGUUUUUUGGAUUAUUAUGUUUAUUACCACUUAAGAAGAAUUUUGGAAAAACAAUAACACAAUGGUUACCUCAGUAAAAACAAUAAACUGCUUGGAUAGUAAAGUC